AUGAACUACAAUAAUAAACACACGAGGAAGGUUCCAGAUCAAACCGAACCCACGGUUUUCAAGGGUCAGUUUGUAACGAGUACUCCUAAGGGCCGUCAAAAUAACAUAAAGAGUACGGCCGCGAACUACAAUGUGAUAACAGAUCGGUUUAUCCCACAAAUGGCCUCUGGAGCUGCCUUCAGAUCCGCGCAGCGGCUGAAGACAGCUGACUUAGAAGAUCGGGAACUUUCUCCAGAUGUCACUGACUCACCCACACACCUAAGUAUGCCUGCUUUUUUCUGGGAUCUUGGAUCCACGUUGCAUUACCACUCGAUUGAUGCAGCAAGUGGGACUUCUACAGAUUCAAAACAUGAGCGCCAAGCACUGAAUAGCUUUCAGAAGCUCUACCGUCAGUUUGUAGCGGAUGCCCUGGGCUUUCACUAUGAAGAUCGUGUGUUUCAGUUUUCAGCCGCCGAGAGUACUGGUGACAGCGGUUUGACUCUAGCUGCUCUGAAGUCAUCUAUUUUAUACACGCCUAAUAAUUCUACAGUGGAUCCUUUACUGUCUGUACUCUCGCCGAGGCAAGCUUUGUCUUAUCUUGUAUCUCAAACCUUCUCGAAAAGUCUGAGAACGAGAAGUUUAGUUCCUACUUCUCCACGAGCGAAAACGAGACUUCGCUCUCACGUCCCCUAUCGUGUUUUGGAUGCACCCUCUUUGCGAAAUGACUUCUACUCCAAUUUGAUUUCAUGGUCCAAGGUGACGGGAAACAUUAUGGUUGGGCUUGGUUGUGCUGUAUACCUUUGGUCAGAUAAGCAUGGUGCAGUUAAUGUAUUGGAAUAUUCAUACCUCCAGUCCAGAGAAGACUAUGUUACGUGUGUCUCGUUCUCACCGUUUGACCGACAUCUUGUGGUGGGGACUAAACAGGGAAGAAUUAUGCUCUUUGAUCAAAUUGAUGGUGAGGAAGAUAGUUUGACUGAUAACAAGCCUUUGUGUGUUGGUAACGACCGAAGUAUCUCAGGCGUAUGUUGUCUAGAGUGGAUUGAGAGAGAUGGUAGGAGAUAUGUGGUCGUGGGUCAAGAGAAUGGAUAUGUCCACAUCGUGGAGCUGAUGCUAAACUACCUCGAAUAUCUUCAUGUGCAAGAGAUGCCAGAGCAGGAGGGUGAAAAUGAGAUAGAGUCCUAUCACAACUCAGUGAAUAAUAUUCACGGAGGAGUGGAUUUAAGGUCCAUCCGGAAAAGGUUGGAGGAUGUUCAAAGUAAGAAGGGCGUUUUCAAAACGGCUGCGAAAUUCAAGGCCCAGGAGCAGCAAGUUUGCGGUUUGUCUACUAACAAGGGUGCUACACAAUUGGCAGUUGGUGGUAACGAUAAUUCCUGCACCAUCUGGGACACGAGUGACCUCGCCAUCGCAAAACUCCAAUUUUCUCUUCCCCACAAAGCUGCUGUAAAGGCCGUGGCAUUUUGCCCGUGGUCCAAAUCUCUCCUUGCAACUGGCGGUGGCAGUAAAGAUCGGAACAUCCGUUUCUGGCACACCCAUUCUGGAACUCUUCUCCAGGAGAAGAAAGCUCCUGGUCAAAUUACGUCUUUGAUUUGGUCACUCAGGCAGAAGCAGAUAGUUGCAACUUUUGGUUUUAGAGAAAUAGAGUGUCCUACUUUGGUGUCAGUAUAUUCCUACCCGACCAUGGACUCAAUUGUUGAGGUUCAUUCUAUGGCGGCCCUUCGUGUUCUGAGUGCUGUAUCUUCUCCAGACUUUGGGUCAAUAUGUGUUGCUACGAAUGACGAGACUGUGAGGUUUUAUGAACUUUGGAAUGUCGAAGAAUGCACUAUAUUGGAGGCACAAGAAAGAGGAAUUUACGGUAGUGAUCUUAUCGAAUAUGUCGAAGGAAUUCAGAAAAAUUACCAGCAGAUCAGGUAG